AUGCCGCAGAACUACGGCGCCACCAGCCCACCUAUCACCCCUGCCUCCCGGCGGCAACUCGGUCGCGAUGGUCGCACACCCCAGGCUACUCCGGCCAAGAGCAUCGCCUCCCCCGAGCCACAGGGGACGGUCUUCUCGUCUACUGUCAAUCUCGCCAAUACGACAAUAGGAGCCGGAGCUCUGGCUUUCCCUUCAGCGUUCGCAGCUAUGGGGCUCGUGCCCGGAAUAGCGUCGUGCUUGAUAUCAGCGACAACGGCGGCGUUCGGGCUGUACCUGCUGAGCAGGUGUGCGACGCAGGUAGGGCAGAGACCAGGGGACGAGUGGAGGAAGCCCAGCUUCAAUGAGGUGGCCCGGAUAUCGUUUGGCAAGGGGUGGAUUACGAGGCUGUUCGAUCUAGCAAUAGCGAUCAAGUGUUUUGGUGUAUCUGUAUCCUAUCUCAUCAUCUGCAAGACCCUUCUACCCAAAGUCUCCGAGACUAUCGCCGCUGCUCUGAACCAACCACUAGCCACCGAGUCUAUCCUUCGAUCCCAGGACUUCUGGCUCCUGAUCACCAUGGGCGUGAUCAUCCCCCUGAGCUUCCUGCGGACCCUGGACAGCUUGAAGUUUACUAGCCAGAUCGCGCUGGCUUCGGUCGCUUACUUGAUUUGUGUCGUCGUCGGCUGGUUUGCCUUGAAAGGCCCGAGCCCGGAACGAGGCGAGGUCCAUCUUUGGCGGUUCGGCAAAAAGACCUUAUCUAGCUUCCCUGUCCAGGUGUUUGCCUUCACAUGCGCUCAGAACAUCUUCCCCAUCUAUAACGAACUCCGCGAACGAUCUCAGAAGAAUAUGAAUGCUGUCAUCCUCACAUCUAUUGGAUCUGCUGCUGCCUGCUACGAGAUUCUCGGCAUCAUUGGCUACCUCACAUUUGGUGACCUGGUCGGAUCGAACAUCAUCGCCAUGUACCCACCCACCUCCCUCCUCAUCGCGCUCGGCCGGCUCGGCAUCGUCCUUCUCGUCGGUCUCUCCUACCCGCUCCAGCUCCUGCCCUGCCGAGCGUGCAUCUACGCAUUCACAAGCGGGAUUGUCAAGGGCAAGAAGGCGCCUCCGAUGUUUUCAUCAAACGCGGAUGAUACCCCUGCGGAAGAUGACGAGGACGACGAUGAAGAAGACGGGCCGUUGAUGCCGAAGCGCUAUGUGUAUGGAACGGCGAUCGGGGUGGGGGAGAUGCGGAACAGCAAGUUUGUAGGCUUUACCUCGGGAAUUCUGCUGGCUGGAUUCUUGAUUGCCUUGGCGGUGGACGAGCUGGAAGUUGUGCUGGGCUUCGUCGGGUCGACAGGAUCGACCAUUAUCUCCUUCAUCUUGCCCGGAUUCUUCUACUUCAAGCUGUUCAGGAACGAGAAGGGGCCGGUAAAGUGGCUGGCUCUCGCGCUAGGGAUCUACGGACUUGCCGUCAUGGCCUUCUGUCUCACGUUCAACAUCAUCAAGCUCGUAGCUGGUCAACCUCCAGCGGGACACUAG